CCACGUUAUCGGGGCAGCCCAACACCGCUCGUGCUGCGGUGAUUCUAUUUGAGCUGCGAGCGAGGCGGCGAGCUGGUCAGUCGGUGUGCGAGUCGAGUUCACGCGGCACGGAGAAGAGAGACAGCGAGAGAGAGAGAGACAGCGAGCGAGAGAGAGAGAGACAGCGAGCGAGAGAGAGAGAGACAGCGAGCGAGAGAGAGAGAGACAGCGAGCGAGGCGCGCGCAGUGGCUGGAGCGAGCGACGUUGCAAGGCGUGGGGGGGGGGUUAUCGAGGGUUGGAACGUUACCGCUACUUUCGGUCGUCUUGCAGCAAGCACCACGCCUGCAAAGUCGUCGUCAUCAUCCACCACCACCAGCAGCACUCCUCCGGCGUCUGAGACCCACGGAUAUUAUUGCCGUGGAAGCUCUCGGUAAAGGGUGUCCCGUGCUCCGUACGCAGCAGCAGCUCAUUUAUCCCCGAAGCCUCAAGACCUUGGUGGAAGACUCAACGUCUUCAUGAUAUAUACCAGCCCAAGCAUUGAUAGUUCAAAGUAGACCUCGUGCGUUUUUUUCUGUUGCUAUUUUUUUUUUGCACCAAGUCGCAGCACAGCCGAGACAGACCGAUUCGCAGUCCUCUCCCCUGUUGGUGUGGAUUUAUUUUCUUCUUUUUUUUUAAAUCCGCAUUUCUAUUUGGCCGUUGCCUCCUCCCCCUCCCUGCAGUCGUUAGCGAAGUUUCCCGGACGCCGCGGCUCCUUUACUUUCUCCUACCAUCCUCGUACAUUUGACUUUAGAUUCCGUUUGUGUGUGUGUGUUGGGAGUGGGGGGGGGAAGAAGGAGCGUGCUGCUGAAAUCACCAAGAACCCCUUUAAUCGAGUGUCCAACCCACCCCUACGAAGACGAAAAAACCCAACAACUCUUCGAGUCGGAUCUUCGGAGCGAAAGAGGGACCCCCAUCCCCCCCUCCCCCCCGUGACGGGCAAGUUCCAAUGGCCGGAGCGAGUGAGCAGCAGUCUCGGCGUUUCAGCGUGCUGGGCUGGGAGCAAGUGGAGCGUCUGGACGCCGUGCUCGACCAGAAGGUUCCCAUUCACGGAAGAGGGAACUUUCCCACGCUCGAGGUGCGCCCGCGGGACAUCGUGCGGAUCGUGCGCGGGCGGCUGGAGGAGCGGGGCAUCGCGGUGCGCGACGUGCGCCUCAACGGCUCCGCCGCCAGCCACGUGCUCCACCACGACAGCGGCCUCAGCUACAAGGACCUGGACCUCAUCUUUGGCGUGGGCCUCACGGGCGAAGCCGAGUUCCAGCUCGUCAAGGAAGUGGUCCUGGACUGCCUGUUGGACUUCCUGCCCGAGGGCGUGAGCAAGGAGAAGAUCGGGCCACAGACGCUGAAGGAGGCGUACGUCCAGAAGAUGGUGAAGGUGUGCAAUGACACGGACCGCUGGAGCCUCAUCUCGCUCUCCAACAACAGCGGCAAGAACGUGGAGCUCAAGUUCGUCGACUCGCUGCGGCGGCAGUUCGAGUUCAGCGUCGACUCGUUCCAGAUCGUCCUCGACUCGCUGCUGCUCUUCUACGAGUGCUCCGAGCACGCCAUGUCGGAGCGCUUCCACCCGAGCGUGCUCGGCGAGAGCAUGUACGGCGACUUCGGCGAGGCGCUCGAGCACCUGCGCGGCAGGCUCAUCGCCACGCGCAACCCCGAGGAGAUCCGAGGCGGCGGCCUCCUCAAGUACUGCAACCUGCUGGUGCGCGACUUCCAGCCGGCGUGCGAGCAGGAGAUCAAGACCCUGGAAAGGUACAUGUGCUCGCGCUUUUUCAUCGACUUCCCCGACAUCUCUGAGCAGGAGCGCAAGCUCGAGUCGUACCUGCAGAACCAUUUCCUGGGCGAGGAGGGCAGUAAGUACGACUACCUGCUCACGCUGUGGGGCGUGGUGAACGAGAGCACCGUCUGCCUGAUGGGGCACGAGCGCCGGCUCACCCUGGGCCUCAUCACGUCGAUGGCCUUCCGCGUCCUCGCCGAGCAGAACGUCAUCCCCAACACGGCCAACGUCACCUGCUACUACCAGCCGGCGCCCUACGCCAGCGACUUCAACUUCAGCGGCUACUACCUGCCGCCGCCGCCGCAGCACGCCCUAGCCUACGUGCCGUCGUACCACCACCAGCAGCACCACCACCAGCAGCAGCAGCACCACCACCAGCACCAGCAGCACCAGCAGAACCAGCACCAGCAGACGUGGCUGCCCUGCAGCUAACGCAGCCGGGUGACGCCCCCACCGUGAUGCCCGCCCACCUGCCCGCCCGUCUGCCCGCCAACCCCGCUGAUUGAUGACGGACCUCAACAAUUAACCUCCCACUUCUUUCCCCCCCGGACCAAUGCCGUGAUACAACGCGGUCUUUUAUUUUAUUUUUUUUCCUUCCCCGUGCCUGCCCCGAUUUCCUGAUUCUACCCCCCCCCUCCAACCCCCAUCCUCCACUGCCACUCCAUAGGUGCCUGUGCAAAAAGCGGCUGUCUCUCCGCGCCGUGUUUGUGGUGGUCGUUGUUGUUGGUUCCUCUCUUCCAUUUUACGUCUCUCGGUAAGACGGGCAAAGCAGCAGCAGCAGCAGAGGCGGCAGCGACAUUAAGAACUGUGCGCGUUUGGCAGCACGAGCCCCCCACCCCCCCCUCCCACCCCCCUUCAUUGAACCGAGAUUCCAGAACUGCAUGCACCGAGACUUGCACGCGCGCACACACACACACACGCGCGACCGCAUGAAAAUGGGCGAAGCGUGACGAGCAGGAGAAGAUACUGGGUGGUUUUGCCCGCCGCGCUGCUUUCCACGUGUGUACAUACGUGAUCCAAGGCUCGCGACGCUUGUGCUGGAGGCCAGAAAAACUUCCGCGGGCAAGUUGCGGGAUGGUAACCGUGUAGCCACUGGUGGAAGUAAAAAAACUAAAACUACAACACACAACAAAAAAAAACGGAACUCGAGACUUUACACGCAAGAUGUUUCGCGACCUCUCUUCGGGGGGAACUCUCCCGACGGGAAGAAAAGUCGACGCGCAGUGAAGAGGGAGAAGAAAAAUACAACAGCAGCAGCAACAACAACAUCAACAAAAAAACCGGGGCACGCGUUGUGAACGGGGAAAAAAAAAAUUAAAUAAAAUUUAAAUAAACGCAAAAAAAUUUAAAAAGAAGAUCCCAAGAGAAAAAGACUGAAAAGGAAAAUAUUGGCGGGGCGUGGCGAGCGCGACCGCCUGUCGCAGGGUUGACUGCUAACGCGUCGUCCAGCUGAUUAACCACAAAAAAAAUAUAACCAAUAACAAAGCGCUAUAUACUUUUUUUGGGGGGGGGGGGGGGGUGGGGGGACCAGGUCCGCGUUUAAAAACACGAGGUUGUUACGAGCCCAACGGGACACCCGGCGCUUCCAGAGUUCCGCGGGGUGAAAUGGGGAAAGCAAGAGCGGGCGAACGCCCCCGCUGGGGAUGCCACUGAUUAUUAUUUUUUUAACACCCCCACCCCACCCCACGUCACGCGACGGUCAACCUUCACGCUCGCGGGGCAAACCGAAAUAAUUCCCCCCCCCCCCAAACUGCACGCAACGAAACGAGUGACAACGGGACGCCUCCCAUCCCACACCCCACCCACUUCCCCGUGUCCCUCCGUGCUGUAGCGUCUGAUCACCGCCGACCCAACGGCGGCACGUACGACGCUUUCUCGGCCUCGCCCGCUGACAGCCCGGUGACGGAACGGACGCGUUUCUCAACUCUCUGCGGCGCCGCGUGGUGCGAUUUUUGGUCGCUGAGCACGCAGGGACACGUGGGAUAAGAGUCUCCGUGCCUUCCCGCUGUUUACGAGCGUCCGCGUACGUGGGUUAGUCUGAGAGCCCGUUCCGGAAGUUUCACUUUUGUCGGUAGCAGCGGAGGUGGCGUCACUUUAGCGGUUCAACUUUUCUUCGCGCGGCCAAUUCCGCGAUGGCCAUUUCAUUUCAAGCGUGCGAGGUGGGUUGUCGAGUUAAUUUAACUCUCGUUAGCCUCUAUAAAUAACUCCGUAUGGACUGAACUACAAGAGUGCUGCCACCUUAGCCAGUGCAAAUUUCUACUCUGGCCCGUGACGCCGAAUGAUGUUGUCAUUUCUGCGCGUUUUCCCAGCCUGCUUUCUGUCGCGUUUAUUUUUCCCGGCACGGGGCGUCCUUCCUCUGCAAAGUCCAGUUGCGUUCGAGCGCACGUUUCCCUGCAACGCCUUUGGUGGGGCAGGUGGGGGGACCGUACGUCAAUUCGCCCGUGCGUCAAUUCGCCCGUGCGUCAAUUCGCCCGUGCGUCAAUUCGCCCGUGCGUCAAUUCGCCCGUGCGUCAAUUCGCCCGUGCGUCCGUUUUGCGGCGGUGCCGUCGUCUCGCCAGCGUCGCCGGCAGCAUCCACCGCCUGCCCCGUGGCCGCGGUUUGAGUGCCGUUUUUAAGGGAUGCAUACAAAUUGACUCUCAUCUGUGCAAUUUUGAAACUCUUUUGAAUCUUUAGUUUGCACUUGUUUUUUUGAGUUGGGAGGUCGAAUCCCAACAUAGUGUUUUUCCCCAUUAUCCCCUUCCCAAUCCCCCACAACCUUCCCUUUCAUUUGUUAUUGUCGCUUGUUGUUGUUUAUUUUUUCCUCGCGCAAUUGUUCUCUUAGGUAAUUUACGCAAGUGCUUUCGUUGAACGUGUACGGUACGCCGGUGGUUUUUUUUGAGUAGCUGAGAGACUCUGAAGCCGUAACUGGAGGGUGAGGGGGAAGGCCGAGUUUGGAUUUAUCCAUGCCCCCAUUUUUUUUCCCCCCCGUUGGCACAUUUCGGAGCCGUGCCGGGAGCCAGGCUUAUGCCACUCGGGAGAGGCUCCAGACUGCGUCCCGAGCCCCAGUUCAAAUAUCACGACGGUGCAUGCACGUAUCGCAGUUUGGUUUCCGGGCUCAGCUUUGCCAAUAACCAUUCGUGCUGGCUUGGCUCUGAUGUUCCAGUGGGGGGGGGGGGGGGGGGGGGGUGAGGGGGAAGAGGGAUCAAGGUGUGUGGCAGAGAAUGAGACUAAAAUGAAGGUGACAAUUUUUAAGAAACAACAAAGUUAGCCAUGGAAUUGUUUAAAGUUUUUCCAAUCCCCACGUGGUUGGGUAAAUGAGUGGACAGCCAUUGCCAAACCUCGCCUAGAGCUCCAUCCCUCGAAAUUAUAGAAUCCAGUUAAAAAGUCUUACUCCCUCACGCGCUCACCCCCAGAAGUGUUCAGAUCCUUCCAUUGUUGGGGGGAGGGAAAGAUCAAUUGCAAUCCAUUGUACUUUUUUUGCGAGUGAUAUUUACCGUGCAAUUUAGCGUUAAGACGAAAAAAAAAAGCCCUACAUAGAUACAGCAUAAAUAUAUGUUUACAAAACAAAAUCGCGUCCAGGUUCCGUCAUUCGGGAGUAAAACAUGGCCCAGAAGAUGAUAACGAUGACGACGAUAAUGAUGGUGGUGGUGAUGCCCAUGAUUUCUUGUGAGUAGGGACGAAAAUUGUGAGAAAAUAUUAUUGGCGGGAGCGCGCGGUGCAUCUUGGGAAGAGACGAUGGUUGCAGUGCACCGCUGCUGGAUGGUUCUGUCAACGCUGUCAAAACAAAAAAAAGCAUCGCGGGGUCAAACGUCGGGGAUGUAACGAUGCACCGAUUUGGUCGCUUUUUUUUGUAACGUGUUUUUUUUUCUAGUUCGCAAAUUCGUGCGUGCGUGGGAACCUGAUGUAGCCCCCCCUCCCCUCCCCGCCGCCGCCCCGAACUCGUCGCCACUGUACGUAAUUGGGCUUUGCGUGACCCCUGCCCAGCCACUUGUGGCCCACUACAAGACUGAAGAUGUUAAGGACUUGAGCGAAUCGCGGUUUCUGACCGGUGGUGGUGGUGGCACCGGUGGUGGUGGCACCGGUGGUGGCGGCACCGGCGUUUGGUGGCGGCACCGGCGUUUGGUGGCGGCACGGGCGGUGGCACCGAGUACUGGUGGUGUGCUACUCGUAAACUUGCCAUGCGGAGCACUUGAGGUGCUACGAUAUUUUUGGGCAUUAUGUUGAUGAUGUUCUUUUAGAUUUUAUUUUAAACUUUGCCUAAGGUGGGUGUUUAUUUUUAAAAUACAUAUAUACGGGGAGGAAAAAAAAUUAUAGAGGGAGGGGCAAAAGAAAUAUUCGUGCUGCCGAGGGUCGGACAAAUAAGCGCUCUAUAUUGUAGAAUAUAUUCCAGACACUGAAGAGAGAGAGAGGGGAAG